AUGAAGGCUCAAAUUCAACAGCUAUCUUAGCUCCAACCAGAUAAAAGGAUUCUCAAUUAUACUUUCAGUUAAUAAGCUGUAAUCGGACGAGGGUCUUAUGGGAUUGUAUAUGUCGGAAUGAAUAUUGAUACAAAUUAAGUUGUUGCUAUUAAAGUUGUACCUUUGUAAUGUGAUCAGCAAUCCCUUAGGAAAGAAAUUGAUAUAAUGAAAGAUUUGGAUUGCCCAAAUAUUGUUAAAUUAUUAGAUGUUGUCUAAACACCAAAUAAUUGUUACAUAGUUAGCGAAUUGUGCACAUGCGGUGAUUUGAGAGAAUACAUGAAAAGAUAUGGUUGUCUAACAGAAUAAUAAGCUUUACCAAUUUUAACACAGAUUUUAAAAGGGAUUUUAUAAUCAUUCAAAAGAGGGAUCAUUCAUCGAGAUUUGAAACCUGCCAAUAUUUUGAUUACUUCUGAAAAUAUAUUUAAGAUAGCUGAUUUUGGAUUUGCGAAACGAUUUUAACACUUAGAGGGAGAUCUUAUGAAUUCAUUGGCAGGAACUCCUUUAUAUAUGUCACCGUAAGUGUUGUUAAGGAAAUAAUACACAUCCAAAUGUGAUGUAUGGAGUAUAGGCCUUAUUUAUUAUGAAUUGAUAGAAGGUAAAACUCCAUGGAAUGUUGCGGAUAUUCUUGAUUUAAUAAAUAAAUAGAGAAAUACCAAUAUCAAAUUUAGUAAAUUAAAAUGUUUAUAAAUUCUAGGCAAAAAGAUAUCACCAAUGUCAUAAUAAUUCAUAUUGGGAUGUUUGUAAUAUGAAGAAUAAAAGCGGUUAGGAUGGGAAUAAGUGUUUACCCACUCUUUGUUUGACAAUAAAUUCUUGAUGAAAGAGUAAGAUUAAAAAUCUCAGCAUUCGACUUCAUAAAUUAAAAAUGAAUCUGAUUCAAUGUUGAAUGCAAAAUUAGUUACAGUCAAUUCUCCUCCAUAAACUAAACAUCCUCUAUAAAUAUACAAUAAGUAGAAAGCCAGUUAAAAGGAAUUAUUAUCAAAAGUAGAAUCGCCUAAAUAAGAAAUUCGAUAAUUGUUUAAUCAUAGCAAAACAGUUAUGCUUCCUGAAACAUAAAAGAAAGAUCGAACAAUUAGUAUUGGAAAUUAACCAUAAAGUACUAGAAAUAGUGGGAACAAGAUGUUUACUGAAAAUUAAAAUGGAUUUUUUAGAUAAAAAAGUGAUAAUGAUGAAUAGUCAAAUAAUAAACAAAUCAUUCAAAAUUAGAUAGAAUAUUUGUAAUUACUGAAACAAAUUAGAAACUAAUUAUUAGACUAUUCGUAAGUCACGAUUCAAUAAACUAAUGUAUAUAAGUUACAAUUCAUCAUCUUGAAGAAUAUAAUGAUUAUUACAACCUAGUUGAAAAGUUGUUUAAUUGAUGGAAAUGUAAAUAAAUUCGAGUUGAAGAAUUUCGACAUCUUUAAACAGAGAGAUACGUUUAAGAAUAUAGAAAAACAAAUUCUAGAAUUACAUUUCGAUGGUUUCAAUAACUUUUAAGAAUGCUAAUUAUUGUUAAAUGAAAACUAUACUCUUAUAAUGAAUGAUCUGGAAUUUAUGGAUAUUUUUAAUAAUAAUUUUGAAUAUUCAGUAUAGUUUUGUAAUUUGGCUAAGCAUUUAAGUCUAUCAUUUAUUAAAGAAUAUUUAUAUUAGAUUCUUUUAGGAUAUGAAAAUCCUAAGAUUUAACUAUUUACAUUUCUAUUGUGCAAUUACGCAAAGUUCGUUGGCUAAUACACUUAAAAUGUAGAACAACUCUUACACACUAGCAAAACCUAAUUGAGUAGGAACGAAUGCAUAAAUUAUAUUGAAAAGAUAUUAUUUAAUUGA